CCAUUGCGGCCUGCGCGCCUGCCAGACGACCGAGUCAUGAAUCCUAGAAUUCGGCGGCGCCCUCGGUGGGGUGGUGCGAUGGAGUCCUCGGUGACCUACUACCAAGGCUUACACCCACACACCACAACACACUCAUCAAUGUCUAGCCAGUCUUCAAACACUGGCGGCAAGCCCGUGCAGGUGCCCAACAUGGCCAACCUCUCUGCACUCUCAGAGUCUUCGACUGGGUCCUGGGAGCGAGGCCGCCAGUCGGCCAACGCACGCAGUCCGCCCGCGACAUCGGUCCUCGACGACGCGUAUGCCAAGAUGCGCGGCCUCGACAUUGGCACAUCGGCCGCGGCCCCGCGUGCACCUGCACCUGCACCUGCACCUGCACCUGCGGCUGCCUCGUCGUCCACCAAGGAGGCCCCGCGCGUCAUCUACCCGCGAACCCCGCGCGAGGGCUACGGCUUCCGCCCGGCGAGUGGCGCGUCGACCCCAACCGGGACCGGCGCGCAUGUCAGGUCCCCUGCGAUCGCCGCCCAGGUUACCGACGACGCGGAUGUCGAGGCCGACGAGGAGGAGGCAGCAGCGGACGCCAACUUCAACGACGAGGUGCGCAACGCGCUCAAGGAGCCCGUCGCCGCGCCCCCUGCCUCUGCCGCGUCAGCUGGUAGUGGUAUCGCCGACGCCGAGGGUCUCGGCUUCCCUGCCAAGGGCUCGCUCAUCCGCCUUAAUGCCACGCCCGCAGAGAAGGCAGCCAACGUCGAGGUGCUCGCCGCCGCCAUCCGCACGGUUCUCGAGUGCAUUGGCGAGGACCCCGACCGUGAGGGCUUGCAGCGCACUCCUGAGCGUUACGCCAAGGCGCUCAUGUGGAUGACCAAGGGCUACGAGGAGCGGUUGACCGAGGUGAUCAACGACGCCGUGUUUGCGGAGGACCACGAGGAGAUGGUCAUUGUGCGCGACAUUGACGUCUUCUCCCUGUGCGAGCACCACCUCGUCCCGUUCACCGGCAAGAUUUCGAUCGGUUACAUCCCGAACAAGCUCGUGCUUGGUCUGUCAAAACUCGCACGCAUUGCCGAGACCUUUUCGCGUCGACUCCAGGUCCAGGAGCGUCUUACGAAACAGGUCGCGCUGGCCAUCAUGGAGGCGAUUAGACCUCGCGGUGUCGCAGUCGUAAUGGAGGCGACCCACAUGUGCAUGUCGAUGCGCGGUGUCCAGAAGCCUGGCGCGACGACCGUUACGUCGACCAUGCUGGGCUGCUUCAGGACCCAGCAGAAGACGCGUGAAGAGUUCCUUACUCUGAUCAGGACCCCUAGCAUGGCUCGUCACUAAGGCAUAGUAGACGCUGUCUGUCUACCUUUCUUCUACAAACUAGAGACGCUAUCGUCUCUCGGCAUUUUCCAACAAAGGCAUUUCUCUCUCUCUCAAAACAAACCACCAAAUAAAAGUGUUCCAGUCUAGUCGUCAUCGUAGAGUGUCAAGACGCACUCGCAGGGGUGUACAUUCAUCUGUACCAAUGUAAAACAUAUUGCUUGGGG